UCAACCGAGAAACAUUACAUCCUAGAAAAGAAUGGGCUGAGGGCUAAGGCUGGCCCCGAUCACGGCAAUACUUUUGAACUACAAGUGGUUCGUGAUGAUGAUGACAAAGAUCAAAAUAUUUGUGGCAUUGGAAGGCAGUGGCUUGAGUCAAUAUUGGUGUCCACUGAGUGCAACGGAAACGGUUUCCAUAGGGAGAUGGUCACCACUGUCAAGUUCAGCCCUGAUGUUCCGAAUGUUCUCAACGUUCUGUUGGUUCACAAACUACCGAGAGGAAUCUAUGUUGAUCCAUACCAGCUUGCAACACUGAAUGACAGUGACAGUCAUCUGCAGAUACUACUAGAUUCACCCAUCAACCUAGAAGCUCCUGCUCACAGAACUGGAGGAUUUUCUGCCCUUUUGUAUGCCACUCUUGUUGGACAACGUUCAAAAUUACUGAAGAAAAGCAUCCCCAUACAUUGCCGCUACCAUGAGCCCUCAUUUGGCGAUCAAAAGGCUGUGAUUGUUAACAUAGGAUCUCCAGACCUGCUGCUCAGAAGUGAAACAUGUAAUGAUGGCAGCAAUUUCAAAUCUUAUUCUAUUGUUGAUGCCCCCUGCACAGCUACUAAUUCGAGCAUAUGUUCAUGGGUUCAAAUCCGUCUUAACAAGGAGCAAAGCCAUGUGAGCUUGCAGAUACCUGUUGGCGAUGGAUCACUGGUGAUACAUGUUAUCUGUGGCACUCUUCUAGUUACUUUCAUUUGCUGUUCGGCGCUUUCUCUAAAGAUCUGGAAACACAGAGUUUUAACAUAAUAUUAAAAAAGAGAUAAUACUUCACCUUCUGUAGAUUAAAUAAAGACACAUUGAAACACA